AUGGCAGACACAACGGGUUUGCUGGUAAACGCAGCGGCAUGCGCAUUUGGUUUUGGUGUUUUGCACUAUGUUCUACAACAACUUGCUCAGAAACUCCAUCCAAGUGACGGACCCAAAGCUCGACAUGAAUGGGCAAAUUAUGUGAUUUCUUGUGGUCAGGCUGCAAUAUCUGGAUUUGCAGGAGCUAUGGGUUUGUUGUUCGAAGAGCCCUUUGCUAGUGCCUUUUACCAAGUAUGUGCAUUCUAUGCUGACAUUGACACUGUUCAUGGGCACUCGACAACUUUAAAAGUUGCCAUGCCAAUCAUUCUGGGUUACUUCAUUUAUGAUUUGCUUCUCGCUGCUGUUGGUUGUGGUGCGGAAUUCGAAAUGCUGAUGGUAUUGCAUCACUGUUUGUGUGUGAUCAUUUGGCCGAUCAGCUAUCACUACCAAGCUGGAUGCUUCUACGUUUUGUACAUGAUGGCUGCUGAGCUGAGCACUCCUUUUCUUUGGCUGGUGGUGUAUUUUCUACCAAAGUAUAAGGUGGCUGGGAGUGCGUACACUGGUCUAGGGCUUCUGAUGGUCUUGGUCUUCUUUUCAGUCCGUAUUCUUCCUGGACCUGCAUUGCUGAAGUCGCUCCUUGCUUCGCAGAGCUACUGGAAUGAUGUGAAUCGUGUCGUUUAUGUGCUGGCAAUGAUAACGUUGCCAUUGCCGACUUUGCUUUUUGCAUAUUGGUUUUCAAGAAUUCUGGGUGGGAUGUUUGCAGCUCUUACCAGCGACAAGAAGGAUACCUGA